AUGCGUGAUUCCUCCCUCAUCAGGUUAUUUUAUGGCAGUAUCGGGGGAAUCCCCUUUCUGCAUGGUAUUUUCUGGACCCCAUCACAGUCGCCGCUUUCGAUCAAUGGUAGUUUCGACUCUGGAGCUGCAUUGAGUGAGGCAAUGACUUUGAAGCCUAUAGAAGCAGCCGAUCUCCCUACCGCCCGCAAGGCUGACUUCUAUCACCAUGCGCCGAAAUUUAUGCUUGGGGGACUUCCAGCGUAA